CUUUCCUAUGUGGACACAGCAAGACAACAUAUAUAAAUUGUGGAUACUAUUAUUACUGAAAACUUUAGAGCUCCGAUGAAGUUCUUCUUCCCAUCAACAAUCGCGUUUGCUUGUCCAAAUUUGCGCGUGAGGUGUAAUGGACAGCCAAGAGCUUCUUGUUCUCAGCGCGUGAGGUGUAAUAGACAGCCAAGAGCUUCUUGUUCUCAGGAAAGAAAUCAUGGAAUACGAUGGAACAAGGAUGUGAAGGCGGAGCUCGAAGAUAAGAAAAGGCACGCCGAUGAUAACAUGUUUAUUCCUGACUCAAAAGAAAGCCCUCCAUUGGUUAGUAGACUAAAGGCUGUAGCCGCACGAAAUGAUGCAUAUUUUCAAUUUCCCAGCCAUAACCAAGGUCGGGCAGCUCCAUCUUCAUUGUCUUCUGUCAUUGGAGUACAACCUUUCAUCUAUGACUUUACAACAUUUCCAGCAGUGGACAAUCUAUUUGCACCCAAGGGCCCUAUUUUGGAUGCACAAAAGGAAGCAGCUAAAUUGUUUGGAGCUAAAGAGACAUGGUUCCUGGUUGGCGGUACAACAUGUGGGAUUCAAGCAUCGAUCUUGGCUACUUGUUCACCAGGCGAUACACUAAUUAUACAGCGACACGCUCAUAAAUCAGCCUUUUCUGGUUUGGUGUUAUCUGGUGCAAUCCCAAAGUAUAUCAACACAGAAUUUGAUUUUGAUUGGGACAUUCCAUAUGGCAUCACUCCUUCUCAGGUGGAGAAGGCAAUGAAAGAGUUGGAUUCUGAAGGUCGAAAAGCAUCUGCAGUUCUCAUUGCCUCUCCUACUUAUAACGGCAUUUGCAGCAAUCUAGAAGAUAUUUCCGACUUGUGCCAUUCUCGCAACAUUCCGCUCAUUGUUGACGAGGCUCACGGGGCACACUUACGUUUUCACAGAAGCUCAUCACAUCUUUCAGCUCUUCAUCAAGGGGCUGAUAUUUCCAUACAGUCAACCCACAAGGUAUUGGGAUCUCUCACACAAUCUUCAAUGUUACAUUUGUCAGGAAAGAUUGUGGGUAGAGAAAGAAUAUGUCAGUGCCUUCAAACCCUUCAAACCACAAGUCCCAGCUAUCUUCUUUUAGCUUCCUUAGAUGCUGCAAGGGCUCAAAUAAGUGAACACCCACAAAGUAUUUUUAACAAACCUUUUGAAUUAGCCAGGGAAGCAAAAGCUCUUGUAGAAAGGAUUCCUGGAAUCACAAUCUUUAAUUCUUCUACUUUAGAGGCAGACCCUUUAAGACUUACAGUUGGGGUUUGGAAACUUGGUUUAUCAGGUUUUGAAGCUAAUGAGAUAAUAACAAAAGAUUAUGGGUUGAUUUCAGAGGUUACCGGGACACGUUCUAUUUUGUUUGUAGUAAAUCUAGGAACCAGUAAAGACGAUAUUGUGAGACUUGUGUCUGGGUUAAAGCAUCUAUCAGAAACACACAUCUCAAUUCAAGUAGGCGAUAUACAUCCUCUUACUGAAACGAAUCCUAGCAUGCGAUUGAGCCCUCGAGAUGCCUUCUUUGCAAGCAAAAAGAAAGUUCGAUUUGAAGAGAGUAUUGGGGAAGUUUGUGGGGAGUUGAUAUGUCCAUUCCCGCCAGGAAUCCCGUUACUUGUACCUGGAGAAGUUAUCACAGAGGAAGUAUUAAGUUAUCUCUUAAAGCUAAAAAACAAGGGUGGUUUUGUUAUCGGAGUUGCUGAUUCCACUCUCUCUUCCAUAGUUGCCUGUGGUAAUCCUAUCGUGGAUUUUGGUGGAGAACUAUGAGAAAUGAAUCCAUAAGAAGUUACUUGAUCCCUACCGAAGCCUAAAUACCUAAAUAAGAAAUUAUUCCUUGGUGAAGCCCUAAAUAAAUAGUUGUUUGUUCCUUGGUUGUUUUCAGACAAUACAUAAUGCGGUUUGUUCUUUA